UUGAAAGCAAGAAGAUUUUCUUAAGACAAAACGUGAGGCUCGGGAAAAAAAAAAACAUAAUCAAGACAAUGCUUGACUGGAUACAUGGAAACUCUCGGUUACCAAUUGCCCUAUCUAUUGUGGAGCUUUUGGUAGAUAUGGAUUGCCAAGGAUGUGAAAGGAAGGUUCGAAGAGCCAUUUCCAAACUCGAUGGAGUGGACACGGUAGAGAUAGACGUGGAUCGACAAAAAGUGACGGUCACGGGAUACGUCGAUCGGGAAGAUGUUCUAAAUAUGGUGAAACGAACAGGACGAACAGCUGAGUUCUGGCCUUUUCCUUACAAUGGAUAUUACGGUGAUUAUUAUACAUAUCCUUCUCAGCAUUUAGAACAAUCGGAUCAGAAGAUAUAUCAUCAUCAGGCAGAGAAUACUUUUUCAUAUAGUGGAAAGUAUGAUUUCUAUAACGAACAUCAAAAUAUAGACAACUCUUCUUCUAUCAACGGUUAUUAUCCUCGUCCCUCCCAGAAAGCUCAACCUACUAUUGAUGAAAAUGCUCUUCAUCUUUUUAGCGAUGACAAUGUACAUGCUUGUAGUGUCAUGUGAUUUUGUAUUAUUUCUGACGUGGGAUUUGUAUCAUUCUUUCAUUCAUCUAUUCAAUUUAUUCAUUUUGUUAAUGUCACAAAAUCAUUAUACUUUUUCUCUUAAAUGUAAGCUUGUUUGAUAAAUUUCAUCUUAA